CAGGUUGAGGCUGUUUUUUUUAAUCGUCUUGUUACCACUGGAGACCAAGCGGCCAACCUUAGGCUGAGUUUGCACUGCAGCUUUUAUAUGCCUGAGUAUAUCUGAACCGCCGUUGAAAAGUCUGAGAGCAGUGGAAAUGGCGGUUCAGAGCCAUGUUUCAGAUUCUGGAUCCUGCAAAGCGGAAAAGGCGUAUGAAUGUGAGAUGUUUUGGGAGAGAUUUCGGCGCAGACAGGAACCGCUGACCCAUAGAGUCUACGGUUCACUCAGACGUAGCUGUGCUGAGAAUGCACUGGAGUCACUUCACCUGGAAGCAAAGAACCUCAUCACCAAUUAUCUGGGACAAGCAGACAAGGCGCCGAACGAGAAGAUCUCUGAAGCCGAUGACGAUCUCGUUCACGAAAGCCCUCCACAUUCUUCACAGGAGAACGAGAAAGUGGUACCAAAGUGGUCGUGGAAGAGAGAGGACGCAGUUCUUCGGAAACUCUUACACCGCACAAGGCGGCACGUUCUUGCGGUGAAGCAGGGUCGCAGCUACUUUCACCUCCUUCAGGAGGAGGCGCAGGAGGAGCAGCGGAGGGAAAGACGGAGGAGAGAGGAAGUGAGACGCGGCAGGCUACGUCCUCCAGCUCUCUCCGAUUCAGACGAGGACAGUGAUGCCGAGAGAUGGUGUGAUGUUACGGCAACAUCCUCUGCAGACCGGGAACCCAACAAGAGGAAAAUACGGGCUCGUCCGUUUACCCCCAUCCACAGAUCGCUGAUCUCAACACCUCCUCAUCUGCUACCAGGGGAGCGUGUGUAUCGUCAGCUGUGCUGUCUGAACUGGCUGCUGGAGGCGCUGACUCUCGAACGCUCUGGAAGAGUUGGACCUGUAACGUCUUGUUGGGAUGCCAGGGACCCUGGAACGAGCAGCACCACGAUAAAGAGACUGAAUAAGGAAAAGGCAAUAGAGGCCAAGUGGGAGCAGUUUAUCGCCCCGCCGAAGAUGCGGCAGCUCACAUCCAGAGCAUCAGGAGUUUCUUCAGGGAGACAUCCGCUCCGGAAGACCUCCUCCUCGGCAUCGGGGUCAUCAGCGGGCAGCUUGUCGUCUCGGGCUCCGGCUCCGGAUCACACCUGUGAUGAGUCUGCUUACACCAAGGGCAUGGAGACCGACUCUGGUCCUCCUUCGUGCGAAUAUCUCGAGAAGUUCCUUCAAGAAGUGUGUCUUAAAAACUGUGAUAAACGACUCGCAUCCAGCGCCUCUGCCCCAAUCAUCCGCAAGGAGGAAGUGAUGUCGGGAGGGAAGAAGCCGUCUGUCGUGGCCAAAGCAGAAAAGUUAACACUCAGUUUAUCUGAUGCUCUGGACCUCUGUGCCAAGAAGAGAUGGGAUUUUGGGGUCCAGGGGUACUCAGAGAUGCUGUCCUGCGGACGAAUUCGUUCUGCUGUGACCUCAAAAACCUCUUUGGUCUCUCCGAGAGCUCCAGACUCAAACAUCCCUGAGGAGCCAUGCAGCACUCAGUGGCUCUCAGCGUUGCUCAGUAAUCUGUCCUCCAUCAAACACUCGGACAGGAGGGUCGCUCGUCUGCUGGAGAAGCUGAGCCGGUUUACAGCAGGCCGCUGUCUGCAGCUUCACACACAACACUUCCUGCGGAUCUUGGGCUCGCUGCAGGCCUGGGAGCUCUGCUGUCCUGAUCUGUGUGUGGCUAUAGAGAUAGUGAGGCUGAAUGUGGUGAAGAUGCCCAAAGCGGAGUACGACUCGUGGUUAAAGAGCCGAGUGAAGCCAUCACAGGCCCUCAAGAGUGCUGCACAUAACCCGUAAUCAGCAACUCCAAAAUCAAUAUAUAUAAGAAUAUAAGAUUACAAUAUAGAAAUGUAAUGUAUGUAAACUAUAGUAUGAUAUAUUAAAAUAUAAGCAAUUGAAAAAAAAGUGUAUUUUUUGCAUGGACAUUAUUUUUUUAUUGUUCAGUUCAUUAGCAUUUUACCAAGCGUCCUUUUAAAUACUUGUGAUAGUGUUCACAAUAAUUUAAUUUGCUGAUAAUUGCAUGUAUUUAUUGAUUAAUUCUGUGUCGUAAUUCAAUCAAAUCUUUAUUUGAUUUAUUUCUCAUUAGUGCAAUUUACAGUUUUGGCAUUGCACUGAAGAGAAUCUACAGUGAAAUUGUCAUGAAAGUAGUUUCGCUCGAUGGUAUGAAUGUCCUCAUCAUUGUGCAAUUCUUUUUUUUUCUUUUGAUUUGAGGUGAAAUAUGAUGUUCUUCACAGGAUGUGAAUUUAUAAAUAAU